UGGGUACAUAGCUACUAGGUAGGUAGACACCAUCGAACCUCGGGUCUUCAACUCUCUUCUACGUUCAAAUGUUCGAGCUGUCCAUACUGCGCUUGUUGUUUUUUCUCGCCCCGUCCCGACUAAGUGGCUAUCCGAAAAGCUAACGGACUUAUUCCAUCCCUCUAAUAUAGGUGUCCAUGGUGUAGAUGACUGCCAAGGUCACCUUACAUCUACUCCUCAGUUCGAUAUCUCCCCGCAAUAUUCGAUCUUCCAUCUCACCUCGGGUCGCUUUGCCCUCGAUCAAGCAUUGGUUCGGCUCUCUUUCUUGCAAAAUGGCGCCCCCUAAAUCUGCUCUAGACUUUCUGGACUUCGUCAAUGCCUCCCCCACACGUAUGGCUCCUAAGACGUAAACUCCCCGGUCUCUCUCGACUAACAAAUCAUGUCUCCAGCUUACCAUGCGGUUCAAUCAUCCAUAGAACAGCUGGAGAACGCAGGUUUCUCCCUUAUUAAAGAGAGGGAUAACUGGUCCUCGACUCUCCGACCCGGCGGUAAAUACUACAUGACCCGAAAUGGCUCUACCAUCGUAGCGUUUGCAAUUGGUGCCAAGUGGAAACCCGGGAAUCCUAUAGCGAUGCUUGGUGCCCAUACGGAUUCGCCCUGUCUACGUAUCAAGCCGGUGAGCAAGAAGAGCGGAGUCGGGUAUAUGCAGGUUGGCGUCGAGACUUACGGAGGUGGUAUAUGGCAUUCUUGGUUCGACAGGGACUUGAGCAUCGCCGGCCGUGUAUUAGUCAAGGACGGAAAAGGGAACUUCGCACAAAAACUAGUCAAGGUCGAUCGUCCCAUUAUUCGCAUCCCCACCCUUGCUAUUCAUCUCGAUCGUUCGUCCGUAUUCGAUCCCAACAAGGAAACUGAACUGUUCCCGAUUGUCGGCCUGGUGGCUGCCGAGCUGAAUAGGACAGGUCAGGGUGAAACACUUAAGACAUCCGACUCAGAGGAGGGACUUGACGGAACCUUCCAGCCGCUCAAAGAGAUCACCGAGCGCCACCACCCGUAUAUUAUCGAGCUAAUCGCUGAACACGCGGGGGUAAAGGUUUCGGAUGUGGUCGAUUUUGAGAUGGUGCUCUACGAUGUGCAAAAGUCGUGCCUCGGCGGCUUGAACGAGGAGUUUAUUUAUUCGGCUAGACUUGAUAACUUAAACAUGACUUAUUGCAGUGUGAUGGGACUCAUAGAGUCUAUUUCGCAUGUCAGUCUCGACAAUGAGACAAGUAUUCGUUUAAUCACAUGCUUCGACCACGAAGAAAUUGGUUCGACGUCGGCCCAAGGCGCCAACUCUGAUCUUCUGCCCGCCGUCGUUCGCCGCCUGUCUAUCCUUGCGGGUGGUCGACAUGGUGAUUCGGCAUCCGACAAGUCUUGGGAACAUGUUAGCUCGGACCCUGACAUCGAUCUGUCUACCGCCUUCGAGCAGACGAUGGCGGCAUCCUUCCUCGUCUCGGCCGACAUGGCUCACUCGGUUCAUCCCAAUUAUGUGGGGAAAUACGAGUCCAAUCACCAGCCUGAGAUGAAUAAGGGCACCGUCAUUAAGAUCAAUGCCAACCAGCGCUACGCCUCCAACUCUCCCGGAAUCGUCCUGUUGCAGGAGGUGGCAAAGCAAGCGGGAGUUCCCUUGCAGCUUUUUGUGGUUAGGAAUGAUUCGUCCUGCGGCAGCACGAUCGGACCUAUGCUUUCUGCGAAGCUGGGCGUGCGUACUUUGGAUUUGGGGAAUCCUCAACUGAGUAUGCAUAGUAUCCGCGAGACGGGAGGCACUUACGACGUCGACCACGCGAUCAAGCUAUUCGGUGCAUAUCUGUCACACUACUCGGAUCUCGAAUCAAGGAUUUUGGUUGAUUAAGCUAGGUAGGUACCGGUAGGUAUUUACGACACAGCCUAUGAAACUCUACUUAGAAUAUAUAUUACUAGUAGAGGAUAUGAUUUGAGGUCUAUCCUAGAGCCUCAUUAAUCAUAUAUACCUGGUACCCUACUCUAUAGACUAAGUGAGCACUGUAAAUCCAUAGCAUUCAAUGGAUUUGAAUACAUUAUGAAAAUAUCCUAAAUUGAACGGUGGGUACUAUAAUCACUGCUGAUUAUAUACCUACUAGGUACCUACCUAUAGUGUUUAGAUAGGUGGCUAUUUGGACCU